ACUUUGGCAGAGACGGCGUCGCCUCCCGUGUGUUUGGCAGUCGCUUAGCGAGGCAGGAGGUGUAGAAUGGACCCCAGCAAGUUCACCCAGAAGGUGACCGAGAUCCUGAAUGCAGCCCAGGAGCUAGCGCAGGAGAGCAGCCACCAGCAGAUCACGCCCCUCCACGUGGCGGUGGUCAUGUUUGAGGACCCAGAGGGCGUGGCCAAGGCGGCGCUGGGCAAGCAGGCCGGCGGCGGCGCCGCCGCCGAGGCGCUCAACAGCGUGCUGCGCGUGCUGCGCAAGCAGCUGAAGGCGCUGCAGGCGGCGGGCAAGCUGCAGAAGAAGAAAGGCGACUCAUUCCUGGGCGCCGACGUGCUGUUCCUGGCGAUCCUGGAUGCUCGGGAGGUGGCGGCGGCGCUGGGCGAGGCGGGGCUGAACAAGGCCCAGCUGGCGGCGGCGGUGGAGGAGGGGCGGGGCGCCGCGCACGUCGACUCCGCGACGGCGGACACCCAGUUUGAGGCUCUCACCAAGUAUGGAAUCGACCUAACGGCCAAGGCCGCUGAGCUGGACCCGGUGAUUGGGCGGGACGAGGAGAUCAGGCGCGUGGUGCGCGUGCUGUGCCGCCGCACCAAGAACAACCCGGUGCUGAUCGGCGAGCCCGGCGUCGGCAAGACGGCGAUUGUCGAGGGCCUGGCGCAGCGAGUGGUCAAGGGCGACGUGCCAGCCACGCUCAACGGCGUGCGGAUCAUCUCGCUCGACAUGGGCAGCCUGGUGGCGGGCGCCAAGUACCGCGGCGAGUUUGAGGAGCGCAUCAAGGCGGUGCUCAAGGAGGUGGCGGAUGCCAAGGGCCAGGUCAUCCUCUUCAUCGAUGAGAUCCACCUGGUGCUGGGCGCGGGUAAGACGGAGGGCGCCAUGGAUGCGGCCAACCUUCUGAAGCCCAUGCUGGCGCGCGGGGAGCUGCGCCUGGUGGGCGCCACCACGCUGGCAGAGUACCGCGAGCACGUGGAGCGGGACGCGGCCUUCGAGCGCCGCUUCCAGCAGGUCCUGGUGGGCGAGCCCAGCGUGCCCGACACCGUGCAGAUACUGCGCGGCCUCAAGGAGCGCUACGCCAGCCACCACGGCGUGCAGAUCUCGGACCGUGCGCUGGUGGUGGCGGCUGAGCUGGCAGACCGCUAUAUCACUUCCCGCUUCCUGCCAGACAAGGCAAUAGACCUUGUCGAUGAGGCCUGCUCCAACCUCCAGGUCCAGCUGGAGAGCAAGCCUGAGGCAAUCGAUGUGCUGGAGCGCCAGCUCAUCAGGCUGCAGGUGGAGGAGAAGGCUCUGGAGAAGGAGAAGGACAAGCAGUCCAGGGAGCGGCUGGCGGAGGUGCAGCGGGAGCUUGGGGAGCUGGGUGACCAGCUGAAGCCGCUGCAGAUGCGGUACCGCGCGGAGAAGGCGGCCCUGGAUGAGAUCAAGAAGCUGGCCAAGAAGAAGGAGGAGCUGCAGAUCCGGCUGGAGCAGGCCGAGAACUGCAUGGACCUGGCCAUGGUGGCAGACAUCAAGUAUGGCGCGCUGGCAGAGGUGGAGGACCUACUGAGGCGCAAGCAGGCGGAGGCGCGCAAGGCCGACCGCAUGCUCAGCGACACAGUGGGGCCCGGGGAGAUUGCCACGGUGGUCAGCAAGUGGACCGGCAUCCCCGUGACCAAGCUGCAGGCCAGCGACCGCGAGCGGCUGCAGAACCUGGAGGGCUACCUGCACGAGAGGGUGGUGGGGCAGGACGCAGCGGUCAAGGCGGUGGCGGACGCCGUGCUGCGCAGCCGGGCGGGCCUGGGCGCGCGCAACCGCGGCAGCAGCUUCCUGUUCCUGGGGCCCACGGGCGUGGGCAAGACGGAGCUGGCCAAGGCGCUGGCUGCCAUGCUGUUCGACAGCGAGAAGAUGAUGAUCAGGAUCGACAUGAGCGAGUACAUGGAGAAGCACACCGUAAGCCGCCUGAUCGGCGCACCCCCCGGCUACAUCGGCCACGAGGAGGGCGGCCAGCUGACCGAGGCGGUGCGGCGGCGCCCCUAUUCUGUGGUUCUGUUUGACGAGGUGGAGAAGGCGCACGCAGACGUGAUGAACCUGCUGCUGGGAGUCCUGGACGACGGCAGGCUGACCGACUCCAAGGGCCGCACCGUGUCCUUCUCCAACACCCUCAUCAUCAUGACCUCCAACCUGGGCGCCACCAUCCUGCUGGAGCAGGGCAACAGCCCGCAGGCCAAGGCGGCGGUCAUGGAGGCGGUGCGCCGCCACUUCCGCCCCGAGUUCCUCAACCGGAUCGACGAGGUGGUGCAGUUCGAGCCGCUGUCGCCGGCGCAGCUGCGCCAGGUGGCGCGCCUGCAGGCCGCCGAGCUCAACACCAGGCUGCGCGACCGAGCCAUCACCAUGCAGCUCACAGAUGCCGCCCUCGACUAUGCGGUGGCACAGUCGUACGACCACAUGUACGGUGCUCGCCCGCUGCGCCGCUGGCUGGAGCACUCCAUCAUCACCCCUCUCUCCCGCAUGAUCAUCUCGGGGGAGCUUCCAGACGACUCCAAGGUGGUGGUGGAUGCACCCGCCUCGGGCGCGGGAGGCCUCACCUUCGCGGUGCAGCCUGACGAGGCGGCGGCGGCGGCACGCGCAGCAGAUGCAGAGCGCCGCAAGAGCUUCAAGAAGCUGCGGCUGAGCGCUGCCGCGGAUGAUGACUACGACAGCGAGGCAGACGAUAUGGAGGACUGAGGUGGCGCUGAGGGCAGCGCAAGUGACGCUGAAGCCUGCGGAGCGGGCUUCUAUCAACAUUGCCGCAGACCCCAACAAAUGAAACAACCAAACCAUCGAUGAACUCUCUUUUUCAGCAGCAGGACUGCCAGGCAGCGAGUUCAUGGCUCGCCUGUGCACGCCAGGCAUUUUUCUUAAGGGCAGAACAAACGCCCUGCUUGUUUCUUUUAAGUGCUCCAAUUCUUCAUGAGACCUCCCCUCUACUUUCCCGUUGCAUGCCCUUCCAGCAGAAGGUGGCCAUUGAAAUGCCCCAAUCUGCCUUGCCCUGCUGCAAACUUGUUCGGUGCUCAAACACCCCACACUGUAACCCCCCACCACACC